GAAAUAUAUUCUUUGGUUUUUCUCAUUGUGAUGAAUGAUUAAGGCAAUUUGGCCUUUGUGUUUACACAUAUUUGUACUCCUGUGGAACAGGAAGUCAUGGCUGGACAAUAUCAUGUUCAUGAUUACCCGCCACCAUUACAGAGCAGAAAGCAAACAUCAGAGAACUGACCGCCACCGUUACAGAGCAGAAAGGAAACAUCAGAGAACUGACCGCCACUGUUACAGAGCAGAAAGAAAACAUCAGAGAACUGACAACCACCGUUACAGAGCAGAAAGAAAACAACAGAGAACUGACCGCCACCGUUACAGAGCAGAAAGAAAACAUCAGAGCUUUAGAGACGCAACUGAGGGAUGAGAUGAAGAAGAAAAAUUAUGAAAUUUCAAAUCUUACUCUGAGUCAAGUGGAGUUGAGAAAGGAAAAUAGAGACAGAGAAAUAGCUUUUUCAGCUGGACUGACACAAUCGAACAAGGAAUAUAUUGGUCCUUUUACCAGUGAAUUCACACUAACCUACAGGAAUGUCUUCACAAACAUAGGGAACGCCUACAACCCAAUUACAGGUGUUUUCACAGCCCCACUGAAAGGAGCGUACAUGUUCACAUUUUCUGUAUGUGGUCAUGCCCCAACUGCAGCAGGUGCCUCUAUCUAUAAGAAUGGACAGCGUGUGGUUAUAGCAUAUCAGUAUCAGCCUUAGAAUGAUUUAAACUCCUCAAAUGGAGUUGUGUUGAUCCUGGAGGUCGGAGAUGUUGUCUAUGUGAGACUUUGGCCUAACACAAGGAUAUAUGGUGACCAGAAUAACCUCAGUACUUUCCGUGGUUUCCUACUGUUUCCCUUAAGAUAACAAGAGAUUUGCAGAAUGUGAUUACAAUAAUUCUGAACCUUCAGCGUAUGAUUUAAGAUGAAAAUUAUGAAGAAUCAUUAACAUAUGAACCUGUAUUAAUGAGAACUAAUGUGUGUUUGGAAUUUAAAUUAAAUUACUGUAUAAAAGUCAGUAUAAUACACUAUACUCAUAAGUUCUGAACUGUCUAUACAUGUAAGUUUGUAUAAAGAGUUUCAGCACUGAGACUGACAGGACCCAUGAAUAUCACGUGACUCAAAAGUAAGGUUUUCACAAUUCCUUGAUUAAAUUUGAGUACUCUAUUUUAAGAAAAUCCUCUAUUGCAAUUUACCCUUGUUUGAUUAACCGACAAAAUACUAGAAGAGGUGUAUAUCCACGGACAAGAAUCCAUGAACUGCAUUAUUAAACUGUUUUCUAAGGGCUCGUUCACACAAAAUGUGUUUAUGCUUUGAAAAACGCGAGACGCGGGCAGUGGAACGGGGGAAAAAAAACGAGAUGCAUUCUUUAAAAAGUUGAACUGAUUUUGAGCGCCGUGUUUUUAGAACGUCACUUUAUUGUACAGUUUGUAAUAUUCCUGUAAUAUUCUUGCGGCACUGUGUUGUAUUGCCGUCAUAUUUUUGCAGUAUUUACUACAGGAUUUUGUGCUGUACACUAUGUAAUAUUGCUGUGAUAUUAUUUUAGUACUACUGUCAUAUUUCUUUUGUAAUACUUGGAAUUUCCUGUAAUAAACCUGUGGUCCUUAAUUGUGUUAUGCAGUAUUCUGUGGGAUUCCUGUAACCUUUUAUUUCUAGAAUAUUAUCAGUAGCCCCUCACUGCAGAACACAGGUUAAGGGCUAUGUAAAGUGGGAGGUGUUAGUAGAGCCAUGCUAUUCGUCCAUGAUAAACCUGUGAUAUUACUUACAAACUAGUCAUAAUCUGAAAACAUACAGUAUGUAGUACACAUGCAAGACAAGGCUUUAGUGAUCACAAGUUAAUAUACAAGGUAAAUUACUACGGUAGGUCAUGUUAGAAUCUGACAUACCAUAUACACUUGUGUUCAUGGACGGCAUAUAGGGAGGGGCUAGCAGGUGCUUCAGCGCCCCCUCAAUGGUUUUUUAGCAAUUAUAUACAAGUUGUGUUAUAUUUAAUAAAUAAGUUGAUAAUAAAAUUAACAAAUUAAAUAAAAUAAAAACAUUUGACUCAUUGCGCAUGCAUGAUGUGAUUUGCAGCUACUGUCGCACUUUUCGUAAUGUUGUAGCAUUUUAUUUUAAAGUGGAACGGUUCCUUGUGCCAAGACCUACCCCCGACUAAAGAUUUUUCUAGUAUUUAAAACAUUUUUAAACUAUAAUGCUUUCUGAGUUAGUGUUGGCUGCAAAAAUGAAGUUGCCGACACUGACCAAAAAAAAAAAAAAAAAA